UAACAAUCGCAGAACUUUUAAACAUUUAGUUUGUUUGCCAUUUAAAUUUUUAUUUUUUGUGUUAGAGAAUAUAUUAUAUCGUAGAUUCAUGCCUGCUGAAAUGCAACAGAAAACUCUGCCUCUAUUCGUACGAGGAGAGGUAGUUAAAGGUUUUGGACGAGGGAGUAAAAGCUUGGGAAUACCAACAGCAAAUUAUCCUGAAGAUGUGAUCAAUAGUUUACCUGAAUCCCUUAAUACGGGUGUUUAUUAUGGUUGGGCAAGUCUGAAUGGAGAUCAAGUUUAUAAAAUGGUUCUUAGUGUAGGAUGGAAUCCAUUUUUUAAGAAUACAAAGAAAUCAAUGGAGACACACAUUAUUCACACAUUCGCACAAGAUUUUUAUGGGUCAGAACUUCGUGUGUGCAUAACUGGAUAUAUACGGCAAGAAAGCACGUUUCCAUCUAUGGAUUCCCUAAUUGAAGCGAUUCAAAACGAUAUCAGAAUAGCAAAAGAAGAACUUGAUAAGCCUGAACAUCAAGCAUACAACUCACAUGCAUUUUUAACCGACAAAUCUUUGACUCAAAAAAGUGAAGUAAUUUUAGGAUGUGCUAGUUAGUUUAUUAAUAUUUGGGUAAAUCCAUGUACACUGGCAAAAUUGCCACCACGGGGCUGAUGUUUUACAAUUUCAACGGACUGGGAAACGUAAAGCCUGAAGGCCCGUUUGCACUUGCAAUUUUUGUCCGAUUUUAUGUGCGAUUUUCUUCUUUUGAGAGAUGUGAGCUACACUCAAGGGCGUAAAUCCAUGUUGGAAAGUGGGAGGGGGGGGACACCUCAGUUUGCCAUAGAUGAGUUAAUGCGUAUGAUUGGCUGCUACGCUUAGAACAUUUAGGUUGUAACAUUUGUUCAUACUUGUAGUUCUAUAGUGCAGUUAGCCAAUAUAUAGCCAAUUACUUCAUGUAUCAAUUCAGGGGCGCAGGAAUAUGUUCGAGAUUGCGUGAGAGGGGGGGGGGGUCACCAAGAGGCGCCACCAUGGUUGGCGCCGAGCUUGAAAAUUUUUGAAAUUUCUUAAGAUCCUUGCUUUUGAAGUUGUUUUGAGAGCAAUUACGCGAGACGAUACAUUUAGCUUAGCGAAGCAAUUGCUGCUGUCUUUCUUCAACGUAUGAAACGUUAAAACUAUAUUGUGAUGAAUGAAAACUUUGAUCACAUCUACAUGUGUCCGGACAACCCGAAUAUACAAUUUUGACAGAGCAUACGUAACUAAUCACUCGUUCACAUCUACCAAAAGAAGAAAAUCGCACAGAAUCAAGUGUAACGCCCUUGCUGUAACAUAAAAUAAGCAUAAAAGUGUGAAUACAUGCUUUUUAAAAUAAUAUAAUAGCAAAUAAUAGGUUUUCUGAAGGGCAAUUACCAAAUUAGAUGCCGGCAGAAAUUACUAGAUGCAGUGAGUGAAAAAGGAAACUUUACGUUAAUUAAAUAUUCUUAAACGCCAUUGAAAAACGAUAAAAAGGCAAAUUUAGUAUAAAGAAACCUCGAGCAGUCGCAGUGAACGAAUAAUAAUCCCACAAUCACCACAUAGAGCCAUUGUCGUAUAUACUCACCUUCAGCUUUUGAAGUCGCAUCCACUGCGUGACACGCCAAUCUAUCGGUUUUCGCUUUCUUGUCCUGUUUCGUGGCGCCGUAGUUUUUGGCUUCUCCCAUAUCUUGGAUAACCACGAUGUUUUAAUGGUCAAAUGCUUGUCCUAGGUAAACUGUAAAGUUGCCGCAAGCAUGUUUCAUGCUCAUAUACAAACAUUUAUCAUGAAUAAUCGCACAUGUGUAAUGUGUUAUCAUCGCUUUUCAAAAUGGUGGAUUCGUCAAUAAAACAUUGCAUAUUAUAUAAUA